AUGCCCCAUUUAAACUCAUCCAAUUCUUCAAAUUUUAAUAAUAACGAAGGAAAAUUAAGUUAUCAUGAAAUGCAAAAUAAACCAGAUGGACAGAACUUUGACAAUAUGUAUUCUUACGGUUAUUACGAUGAUCAUGGAUCACAACCAAUAUAUGUUAAUAUUAAACAGCUUAGCUGCAUACAAAAAAGAAAAGCAAGAAGAGAAUAUUUAGAUACUUUAAUGGCAGAACAUAAAAAUAAUUAUUUACAUGAGAGUAGACACAGGCACGCAAUGCAACGGAAAAGAGCGCCAACAGGAAGAUUUUUAACGAAAGAAGAAAGUAGAAAAUUAAAUGAACAGGGAGAAAAUAAUAAAUAA